CCAGGAGCUGAAACACGGAAGAGGGCGAAUCAGUUCUCCGGUUGUGUUUCUAUAUCAGUGAAACCUGUUAUGACGCUUUUAGAGAGCGGCUUUACUGUUUUAGUUGUUUUAGUCGCGUUAAUCGCAGCGCUUUUACACUACAUGGAGAAUUCAACGGGAAAUGUGGCGUAUAAAGGGAUGGAUGUGGCUGCACUAGAGGAAAACUUCAGGCAAAAGAAUAAAAGUUGUUUUAUUCUUGGUGCUUCUGGAGAGACAGGGAAAGUUCUGUUAAAGGAAAUUGUGCAGCGCAAUAUAUUCACCAAAGUUACCCUGAUCGGCCGACGACGGCUGAGCUUUGAGGAUAAAGCGUAUGAAAAUGUGGUGCAAGAAGUGGUGGACUUUGAGAAGCUGGAUGAAUAUGCCCAAGCAUUUCAGGGUCAUGAUGUUGGGUACUGCUGCCUUGGAACAACCAAAGCUAAAGCAGGGACUGAGGGAUUUAUCCGUGUCGAUCACGACUACGUACUGAAAUCAGCAGAACUAGCCAAAGCUGGUGGUUGCACACACUUCCACCUGGAGUCAUCUAAAGGAGCUGACAAAACCAGCAGUUUCCUUUAUUUAAAAACCAAGGGCCAAGUUGAAGCAGAUGUAGAGGAGCUGGGCUUUGAGCGAUACUCCAUCUACAGACCUGCAGUGCUGUUGGUGAACAGAGAGGAGAGCAGACCAGCCGAAUGGAUGGCACGCAAGUUUUUCGGAGCAUUCGCCUCCGUGUUCCCCACAGCGAUGUCCAUUCCCAUCACCGCUGUGGCUCGAGCCAUGCUGAUCAGCACGCUCAUCGAAGGAGAGCGAAAAAGCGAGAUCCUCGAAAACAAAGCCAUUUACAACCUCGGCAUGAUCGGGGAAAAGCUUUAAGCUGUGGAUUGUCCGAGUCUCGUGUAACAAGUGCUUUAAUUUCUUCCUUCAUUAAGGGACGUUUGGUGAUUUGGUGAUCUGCUGUUCAGAGACUUUUAACUACAUUGUGUAAAACCAUAAGGGAUUUUCAGUUUCUCUGUGAGCUUUUAACAGAUAUGAGUUAUUUCCAAAGGCUGCUUAUCACUAAUAGGAGUCCUGAACUGUCUGUUUUGUGCACUUUGAUUUGAUUUAAUUGCAUUAUUUUCAUUUUUUUCAUUAAGGAAUGAACGGAAUUUCCUUGACUAUCAAUUCAGGUUAAAUUAUGUUUAAGGGAGUUAUAUACAGACGCUUAGUCUAAGAUUUGAUUAGAUUAAGAAAUGAUGUACAAAAUACUGCUGCAUCACUGAAACAGUUUUUUUUUUGUUUAAGAAUAAACAUAUUAAUUUCACAUUUCAAGCCUUCAGAUUCUGUGCUCACCAUUUUGUUAUUAAAACACUGAUUGUUGUGCCAUUGA